AUACACCAGGGAGCAUGCGCAUUACAAUCGCCAAAUGACACCAUAGUUGUGCGACACGCAACAGCAAUGGCGAGCGGAAAAAAGAGUGUCCCUCUUUCUUCGUUGGCGGUUUACGAUUCAGACCCCGAUUCCGAUGUAGAGGCCGGAGAAACAGAGGUCCAUGGUGGGCUCGUGUCAGCCAGCUAUGGGGAUGAUGAUGCCAACCGGAUGGAGGAGGGUGAAGACCGAGGGUCUGCAGAUGAGGACAGUGGUGACAGCUCCAGGAAUUCGGAAGAGGAAGAAUCAGACCUUGAGCGGGGAGACCCAGAUGAUUUUAAGGACAUUUCGGAAAGUGAGAAGAGAGACCCCAAUGAGCUGGUCGCCCAGUUUUCCGAAACGGUGAGGAACAUGUCGCCUGAUGAAAUCCGGAUCCCACCCGAACCUCCCGGGCGCUGUUCCAACCACCUGCAGGAAAAGAUCCAGAAACUGUACGAUCGCAAAUUACACGGUGACUUUGACACAAACAGCCACAUCCAGAAGAAGAAGGAGUUUCGCAAUCCCAGCAUUUAUGAGAAACUUAUUCAGUACUGUGGCAUUGAUGAACUUGGAACCAACUAUCCAAAGGACAUGUUUGAUCCGCAUGGCUGGUCUGAGGACUCUUACUAUGAAGCUCUAGCCAAAGCUCAGAAAGUGGAGAUGGAUAAGCUUGAGAAGGCUAAAAAAGAGCGGACCAAGAUCGAGUUUGUGACGGGCACUAAGAAGGGCACAACCACCAAUGCUGCGGCCCCCACUACGAACACAGCCAGCUCCACGGCAACAGAGGCCCAGAAGAGGAAGAGUAAAUGGGACUCGGCCGUCCCAGUGACCCUGGCCCAGCCAGCGCUGCUCACCACCACCGCCACGCUCCCCGGCGUGGUCUCCGUCACCACCACCGCCAGCGGCACCAAGACCACGGUCAUCUCUGCGGUCGGCACCAUCCUCAAGAAGGCCAAGCAGUGAGCUGGAGGGGUGGGAGAGCGUGUCUGUGACGGCCUCUGCGGGGCGGAAGCUGUUUGGAGGACCCUGCUGUCCUGAUCUGCCCGAGCGUGACCGUGAAAAUGGAACACUUCUGUCUGAACCCUCCCCCCACCCAGCUCCAUCCUUCUUCAGACUUCAUCUGGUUUGCCUCUACAGACCCCUUUUGCUUCUCGUUGUGGAGCCCUCCAAGUUGUACUGCCUGCAAAACCAACGGGGAGCAUCAUCAGAAGCGCCUAGUUAAAUUGGUGUCUUUUCCGGAAUCUUGAAGUGGGAUAUUGGUCGAUCUACCAUUAAAGUGUAUUUUCUGCAUACAUCUUUGUUUCUCACUGGUUGUGUAUAUUUAUGUAAUUAUAUUGGCCGAUAGAGGUGGUAUCAGUCCAUCUGUAUUUUUUUGAGUUAUUAGUAGUUUCAACUCAAUUCUGGGACAAAUCUGCUGUUAACGGGUUGGUUGCCUGUUGAAACCAGCGCAUCUGCCUCCCGAUCUGUUGGCUUGUACAUCCAUCUUGGAUCCCCCUCUUAUUUCUUUUAACAUUUUUUUGUCAGGGCAGUGAAACAAAAUGUCUGAUAAAGUGUCUAACAGAACUGAGGAGAUUGUGCAUGGAGAGGAAAUCAUUGCUGUUAAGUCACCUUUUGAAAAUGUUGGAAUCAAAUGUGUUUGUAUUUUUGUCUCAUUUUAAUUGUUACUGGGAUUUUACGCCCUGUCCAAACCCUUUUUGGUAGUAUUUUUUACACAUGUAUAUACUGCUUACUGACAGUAAGGGAAAUAAAAACUCCAAACCUUUACAACUGA